AUGUGGAUUGAAGACUAUCGUUUUGAUGGCUUCCGAUUUGAUGGUGUUACAUCUAUGUUGUAUCACCAUCAUGGGAUUGGCACAGGAUUCAGUGGAGAUUACAACGAAUAUUUUGGCCUACAUGUGGAUGAAGAUGCUUUGUGUUAUCUAAUGAUGGCAAACCACAUGAUUAAAUUCUUGCAUCCGGAAUGCAUAACCAUAGCAGAGGAUGUUUCUGGAAUGCCAGCUCUUUGUCGUCCUGUUGCAGAGGGAGGAGGGGGUUUUGAUUAUCGACUAGCCAUGGCUAUUCCAGAUAAGUGGAUACAGAUAAUUAAGGAGCUGAAAGAUGAAGACUGGAAUAUGGGCAAUAUUGUGCAUACAUUAACAAACAGACGGUAUGAAGAAAAGUACAUUGCAUAUGCAGAGAGCCAUGAUCAGGCACUUGUUGGUGAUAAGACGUUGGCGUUUCGACUGAUGGAUGCAGAGAUGUAUACAAACAUGAGUGUGCUCUCGCCUCUUACUCCAGUUAUUGAUCGUGGAAUACAGCUUCAUAAAAUGAUUCGUCUCAUUACUCAUGCACUUGGAGGAGAGAGCUAUCUGAACUUCAUGG